AUGAACCUGGGAGGAGAUAAGAUUCAGGUGGAACUUGAAGAACCUGAAAAAGGGAAGCAGGUCACUCAUUUGCCAUCACCCAUCGUUUCCACUUCUAUAUUAUCUGAUGCAAUUGUGGAACACUUGACUCAACUGCAAUGUGAGGUGAGAGGAGGUCUUGAAGUAGAGGAAGCCUUCUUGGAGUUGCAGGCAUCGCUGCGAACUCAGUCCAUCUGGGAAUAUGUGCAAGGGAAGCCUCAUUUAUUUGAAGAGAAUGGGCUUUACAUGAAGAAAGCCUUCUGCAUAUAUGGUCCCCUUCACCAUCACCAGCACCUAAGUAUCCCACCUUUCAAUGAUAAGACAUUUAGGUAUGAUGGUGUCCACAAGACCUUGGAAUUGUGCCUGGAACCUGCUGGUCAUGUGAGAAUUGGUGAAGUGGAACUGGUGGAAGGACAAAGGAUUCGAGGGAAAAUAUUGAGAAAAGGACCUGGAUUUGCUGUCCUUGCCCCUUCAGGCAAUUGUGAGAGUGCUGCUGAUGAAUCUUUUCUCAUCCAAGUGGAAGAGGAUGAAGCUAAUGCAUAUCCUGCACCUAGUGUUCAAUCUCUUGAUUCAAAUGACGUCACUGACUCUGCAUCCUCCCAAGAAAGAAAACACACUGAUGGAUCAAUGGGCCCUUCAGGGUGCUGUGAUCUUUGUCCUUGUGAUGCACAUACUGAAUCCAUGCAAGAGAGUUGAUUGCUGACCUUAGGAAGUACAUAAUGUCCAAAUCAAGCCACAUAGUUGGAUUUUGAUAAAUCCUCUUGAUGUCAGUCCUAAUGGUGUUAGGAUGAAGGAUGUGCCUGGGGUGGAAGCAGAAUCGCUGACGACUGUUUUUAACAGCAGCGAUUCCUUCCUUUCGUGUGUGAAGCACAAAGUGGUAAUGUAGAACUUGUUUCUUUCAGCUCCUACAGUGUCUGCACAGGUACAGAUACUCUACAAUUUGGUGUAGACCAAUCAUUUUCCUGUUUUGAGUAGGAAUAUGAAUAGCCAGUUUUGGUGUACACCUGUAAUAAUGUGAUUUCAAUGGCAUUCUGUUAAUAGAGAUUGCUUCCCCUAAUGAGUCACAAUUAAAGGAUCAUGAGAUCAUGAGAGGAUAAAAUUGAAGGGUGAGAUUUCAAACUAUUUAUUGUUUUACACUGGUUCCCCUUUUUCAUGAUUGGUGGUCCAAAAUUAAUUUUCACAGGUUUCCCUUAUAAUGAUAGGUGGUGCCAGAUUGUUCACAUAGUUUCAAGAUUCACAUUAGUAAGAGCAAAGCGACCAAGUCCCUCAUGGAUGGCAAUUCCUUUCAUGUAAACUUUUAUCCAUGUCACAGUCUUUUUUUGUCUGAAACUGCCUGUAGAACACCACACCAAAUCAGUUCAGUCCUUUUAGCAUAGUCAUCAUUAGUUCAGCCAAAACAUUUAAAAACCCCAUUGUUCAGCAUGUAAUUUCUAACGUUCACUUCACAUCACGUCUACUCAAGUCACUGGGUAAGUAAGCGAAUGGGACUCUAAAGAUUUGAAAGGACAAGUGAUGACUUUACCAGACUGGACUAAUUUGGUACGAAGGCAAGGUCUCAUUUUCUAUGUACAGUAUUCUUAGAAUUUGACUGGAAAAGGAAGAUAUCACCAGGAGGGCUUUUUUCUUCGUUCUUCGAUGAAUUCCUGCCGGCCUCGUCUUGAACAAAAAGAUGUGACUGAAGGCCACUUCCUGAAAUGUUGGCUCUUUCCCAAGCCUCUUUGUCGGACUAUGAUCUUGGAGAGGAAUGCAUUAUACUGCUGCGUAUAUCAACAGUAGUCUAACAAUGAAACCUAAAGAGAAAAGAUAGAGGAAAACAUUUUGGCCGAAGGUGGCCCGAUAAUGUACAGAAUUCUCCUCAGAAAAAAAAGAACAAUUUCAAGCCAUUGGAUUUUCAAUCAUAUCAAAAUAUUGGCCUGAUCCCCAAAAUUGAUGAGAGUUCACUGUGUGUGUGUGUGUGUGUGUGUGUGUGUGUGCACGAGCGAGCGAUUCUACUUAGGAACUGCAGCCUGGAAGCAAGAGAUGAAAGGAAUGAAGUGAUUACGACAUCUGUGAACUGUGAAUUGCCCAUGCCUUUUUGUGCCUGUAUUGUUCCUGCAUCUGUGAUAUGGCGGCCGUCUCAGUCGCGAACAUGGUUUUCUUUUGAAUGGCGGUAGUGGUGUGUAUCUGUAUGUAUAUAAAUAUAUAUGAACCAUU